GCAAACUGCUUCCAGGUCUUCAUUUAAACUAAAGAGAAAAAGAUGAAAUAUGAAAAUCUACUUGAUGAAACUGGAGGUUUUGGGAGAUUCCAGAUUUGCAUUGUUAUUCUUAUUAAUCUGCCUGGCAUAAUUACCCCCUGGCAUUUUCUGCUCAACAAUUUUAUUGCAGCAAUACCUUCUCACCGCUGCAAUUUCUUGGCUAAAGAAAAUGACAGCAUCUUUGGAAACCUCACUGAAGACCAGAAGACGGUUCUCCAUAUCCCUGUAGAGCUCAGCGGGUCAGUCAGCUCCUGCAAGAUGUUCUCGGAACCACAGUUUGCUCUUCUUAACAACAUCUCCUCUGAGGCUGAAAAUGCAUCCUCCGCCAUUACUGACUGUCAAUAUGGGUGGACUUAUGACACAUCCAAGUUCUCCUCAACCAUAGCAACUGAGUGGGACUUGGUUUGUGACAAGAAAGGCCUCAAUCAAGCAACUGCCACUUUCUUUUUCAUUGGUGUCAUGCUGGGAGCAGUAGCAUUCGGCUACCUUUCAGACAAAUUUGGAAGAAAGACAAUGCUUUUAGUUUCCUACAUACUCUCAUUUAUAUUUGGACUGGCCAGUGCAUUCUCAGUCUCCUACGUGAUGUUUGCCAUUUUGAGGUUUCUCACUGGAAUGUCGUUUGUUGGAAUAUCAAUCAUCUCAAUUGUCUUGUGUAUUGAAUGGGUUGAUAUUAAACACAGAACUCUGGUUGGUGUCUUUGGCAGUAUGGCCUGGACCACUGGCUGUGUUCUACUAGCACUAAUUGCCUACCUCAUCCGAGACUGGAGAUGGCUUCUCUUGGCUGUCACGUUUCCUCUUUUGAUAGCCUGUGUCAUUUGGUGCUGGAUUCCUGAAUCUGGAAGAUGGUACCUGGUGAAUGGCAAGGUGAACGAGGCCCACAAAUGCCUCACAAAAUGUACACAGGUCAACAAGGGGAAGAAUUUCAGAUGCAGAAUAACUCCAGAGAUGCUGGCUACAGUUGUGAAACUGGAGGAAAAAUCCAAGAAUUACACCUACUGGGAUUUAGUCAGAACUCCAAAGCUAAGGAGGAUCAGUGCAUGCACAGGAAUUGUGUGGUUUGGCGUGGCCUUUACGUAUUAUGGAUUAAGUCUGAACAUUAGCGGUUUGGGUGUGAGCAUUUACAUGACGCAAUUCAUCUACGGUGCUAUCGAAGUCCCCUCAAAAUGCUUUGUGUACCUCAUACUGGACAAGAUUGGCAGAAGGCGAUGUCAAGCAUGGACCCUGAUUUUCACUGCAGCAUGUAUAGCCAUUAAUAUGUUCAUUCCCACAGGCAAGGAGAUUACUCGCACCGUCAUAGCAAUACUUGGCAAGUUUUUUUCCGAGGCUUCCUUUAGUAUUGUCUAUCUUUACACAACGGAGCUCUUCCCUACAGUUAUCAGGCAAAAUGGAAUGGGCUUCACUUCUUUUAUGGCUCGCCUGGGAGUAGCAGUGGCUCCUCUGGUGAUACUGCUGGAAGAUGUCUGGAGGUUACUCCCCCCCAUCAUAUUCUCCUCGAUUGCCGUCUUAUCUGCAUUGGUAGCCUUCCUCCUGCCAGAAACCCAAAAUAUCAGAUUGCCUGAAACAAUUGAGGAUGUUGAACAAACAAGGAAACUUUCGGCUGAAUCAACGGCACAAGAUGCCGUUGCACUGAAACCCCUGAACUGUGACUUCAAGCAAAAUUCUUAA